AUGCCGGAAAAGGCUAAUCAUAGUCCAAGAAUCUCAUUUUCUCAAGAUUUUUGCUACUAUGAUUCCAUACCAAUCGAGCAAAGCCCAUUACGACCUCCGUCCGAAUCUUCCUGCUUCAAUUUCGAUUUCUCAGUUCCCGGUGGUGUGAUAUACGGCGAGAGCUCGUGGUCCGCCGAAGAAUUCUUCUCCGACGGCAAAAUCGUCCCCACAGAAAUAAAAAAGAGACCCGAACCGGAGAUGAAGUCGUUUUCCGAAUCUUCUGGACCGGGUCGGCCCAAACCGGAGACGAAUCCGAUCGGAGACGUUAAACCGGUUCAUGAAAUAGACGAAAUAGACGAAAUCGACGACGAAGAAGAAUAUGAAGAAAUAAUGGUGAUAGAAGAGAAACCCAAUUGUAAGCCGUUUUGGGGGUUUAAGAAAGUCAAAAAGAGACCAGUAACUGUACCGGGGAACAGUUUACCCAAACCGGAAACAAAUCAAAUUGGAGAUGUAAAACCGGUUGUGGAAAUCGAAGGAGGCAAAGCAACGGUGGUGGAAGCAAAACCCAAUACGAUUCCGAACAGAAAUGUUAAACCGGUCCAUGAAAUAGAAGAAAUCGAAGAAGAGAAACCCAAUACGAAGCCGUUUUGGGGUUUCAAGAAAAGAAGCAACAGUAUCAUCAAUUCCGAAAUUGGAUUGCCUUUGCUUUCGAAUAACCAGACCGGUUCAAAUUCUAAAAAGACAGAAACUACGGAGCUUCAGGUUUCCUCGUCUUCAUCUUCUUCUUCAAACUCUAAGGAGCCAUUGAAGAAGAAUUAUUAUGGAGGUUACAAUUACGGUGGCAAUGGAGGUGAAAUUAAGGUGAACUCGUUUCUCGAUAUGAUUCCGUCGGGGAGUUUGUUUGGACUGGGAUCGAUAAUUUUCGGUAGUGGAAGCGACAAGAACAAGAAGAGAUCUUUGAUCUUCUAUUGGUAA